AUGGAGGGUACUUUAUCUUUGGACUUCUCUAUCUGUAUAGUUUAUUGUAUGUUGCUGCAAUCUUGUGUUUAUGAGUCACCAGGAUGGCUUCUUUCAAAAGUGAAAGUUAGAGAGGCUUCUGCAAUCCUCAACACAUUCAUUGCAUCUCAUUUCAAGAACCAAAGUUUGAAUCUUGAUCACAAGAAGUUGAAUUUUACCACCAAUGGUUCUGAUCCACCUCUGAUCAAGAUUUUGUUGAAGAAAAAAUGGAUUCUUGGACAGUUAUCACUAGCUCUGGCAGUUGGUUUUGGCAUUGGAUUGAUGUACUAUGGCAUGCCAUUAGGACUUGGAAAUGGCAAUUUUAGCUUAAAUCUCUACUUGAGUACAGGGCUUAACGCGUUACUAGAGUUACCAUCAUUCUUAAUAGUCUUUUUCUUGGUAGAAAAAUGCAAGAGAAGAAGCACACUAGUUGGACUAGGUAUUUUAUCUGGUGUUUGUGGCAUUGUUAUGCAUGAUGAGUUGUUCCCUACUAGCAUAAGGAAUGCAACAGUGUCAAUUGUCUGGCAGGCUGUGGUGCUCGGAGGCGUGGUGAGUCCGGUUUUGGUUGAUGCAGGAGGAGAUAGUAAAUACAAGAUUUUACCUUACAUGGUUCUUGGAAUUAUGACAUCAAUUACAGGAUGUUUGGCCAUUUUUCUGCCAGAAACAAAGGGAUUGGAGAUUUGUAAGAACAUAGAAAGGCAAGAAAAAGAAGGUAUUAAUGAACCACCUUAUGUAUAG